AUGGAGCUGUAUUUGCCGAUCAAUAGCAAGGUAUCCCCUACAGACUUGGCAUCUCUCAAGAAAUCACAUUCAGAAAGAGAUUUUGUCAUUUUCGAUGAAAAAUUGAAAUUAGUGCUGCGAACUGGAAGUAAUGAAUAUAUCACUGGUUUAACAGUUUGGAUAAAUGAUGCUCGAGUGCUUCAAUCCACUGAAAUGGACACAUUGUUUAAUAAAUUGACCACGGAUAAUGAUGUAACUGUUUGGGAAAUGAAAUCGAAUGUGUCGUCUGAUUUCAUGUUCCGAUCUAGUGUCGUUAUGAAUAAUGGAUUUAAUAAUUAUAUCAGAUUUAUCGUUAGAUAUUCUGCCAGUGCCAAAGAUAAUGGUGAAACAUAUAAGGAGGAUAGUCCGAUACAAUAUUUAGCAGAUGAAGAUGACAUAUUAUCGAGCUUUGAACCCAUAUACUCUUGGCCUAUAACCACACCGUCAUCACGAACAAACAAAACUGCACAGGAACCUAAACCCAAACCUCAGGAAUCAUCUGAUAAUGUCAAGUCCACGAUUCAGGAACAGGAGGACCUAACGAAAGAAUUAGAAUAUCCAAUAUUUUCGCUGUUAAAUAUGAGAUUAAGAAAUACUUCUAUAAAAUCUCAAAAUUGCAUUUUAUCAUCACUUGAUUUCCAAACUUCAAAGAUGUCCACACAACUGCAUGAGAAAUAUUUUAGUUCUCAAAAGAGUUCAAUGAACUUAUUCUUCAAAGAUGUUAUUUAUGAAUUAAUUGAUAACAAAUCUCACAUUAGGGUAGAUCCAUUAUGUCCCUUGAAACUCCCCUUUGCAUCCUAUUUACAUGAUAGCUUUAACAUAUGUUUUAAAUUACCGAUAAUAUCACCUCUCAAUCCGCCUCAUCGAGUCAGAAUAUCCUUGAUCUACGAACUUCGAUUUCCAAAGGAUACAAAUCAACCUAUCAUCCCAGUAAUAACACGAUGGGAAACGGAAGUGACAUUGAAGAAACAGGUCCCAACACUACCAUCGUCCACCUCGCCAGUAACUAAUAAUAGCAAUGCCGCUUCGACGUCCUUCUUGUCGAUCCCAAAAUUCUAUGGUUUAUCAUCAUCCAGAUUCAGUGUUCAAAGUUCAACAUCUACAACAUCAUUAGUGAACAACCAAUUGAACAAUGUGAAGUUUAAAUUUUUAAAUAACAAUUUAAAAGUGACGAAGGGUGAGAAAUUUACAUUGAGACUUCAAAUUAUAAAUUCCUCCUCUUCAUCACUAGAUCUAGUGGUAUAUUACAAUAACAAGACGCCCACUAACGCAUCCUUAUCCCUUGAGAAGCAAUUUCAAUUGCGUAAGAAGUUUAGCAAGAUUACAGAGGGAAUCAUUCUACUAUCGAAUGAUUACAAGAUUCCUAUUGUUGGACCGAAUGAAUCAUAUUUUGUCGAUUUGAGAUUCAUUGGGAUAAUGUCGGGGUAUUAUUCCACUUUAGCCGGAUUAAAAGUCCUCGAUUUGAAAUCUAAUGAGCUAAUUGAAGUAGGGCUGGGGGCAUCCAUCCUUAUACAAUAA